AUGACCGGAGCCAAGCUUGACCAGUUGAUGGGAGAUCUCAGUCUGGGAGACGACACGGACAGCAGCCAGCAUGGAGAUUCGGAUGCAUCAUUCAUGGACGAUUUCCACGAGCUUGCCAAAGUCCGGAAAUGGAAGAUUGGAUCCAAGGCCUGGAGGAAGAACUGGGCGGUCUUCAUGCAAGCCGAGAAAGAACGCCUUUCACGCAACCACGAUGCGCGCCUUGAGCGUUGGAAGCAGAUGUGUGUCAAACUCGGCAUCAAGCCAGCGGAGUCUAUCAAAAAGUGUCGACUGGCCCUGAGCCAUGUCUUUGUCAAUCUAGUUGAUGUGAUGGAAUGCUGGGCCACGGGCUCGGGCCCUAGAAAGUUUGGGAGCGCGAGGCAGUUGGCAGAAUACACUCAGCGGGAAGGCAAGUUCUUCAGCCGUAACUUGGUUAAGCAAGAUCAGGUGCUUCGAGUAUUGAUGAAGCAUCUCGCCUGA